AUGUCAUCCUGCAUCCUGUUUCACAACGUCUCUCACUCGCCAAGCGCCAUGUAUGUCAUCCGCUCUUACAUGCGUCGCCUCAUUAGUGAAACAGCCGCGCCCAAGAAUAUUUACGGUGUCAUCCGACGCCAAGCAAAUGGUCAUGACUGUCAAUUAUCUCCGAUAUUCAACGCUCCAGGGCGUUGGAAGUUUGAAGCCAUCAACGGCAACACACUCGUCCUCGUGAUAGUCAAGAACAACAAACCCGUGACAAAGAAGGCCAUAGAUAAACGACACUAA